GAGACGUCAAGCUUUCAGGGUAACGUCUCCGGCGAGCUUCCGCUCUCUCCGACUACCUCAGCGCCUCAGAGCGCCUCGCUGCACGCUACAAGGCCACUCCACUUCUUAGCCAAGGCCUCGCUCAUAGUCGCCAAGCAGUUAUGCAAAUACAUAUCUGUUGCAGCACCGAGUCGAGCCAUCCGGUGUUGCAGAUCUAUCUGUUUGCAGCUGCCUUGGCGGGUCUUGUGAGCGUGGCGCCCUCGCGUACGCAAGAAGGAAGUUAUGGCGCAGCAGCAACACUGGUAGAGGUAGAGUUGAGCAUCGGCGUCUCAAAGUAACUUUCCCUCCAUUGACAUACACACCCUAAGCUUUUUCUAUUCUUCAAGAACUUCAUUCCCUUGUGUCAUUCCUCCUCACGCUGCCAUCUCGCUUUCGGGACUUUCUGGUUCUUGAGCGGCCAUUCCAUACGCGCUCAUGCCUCCUCGGCCUUUGCGACCCAAAGACGACCCCAACGCACCUGACGGCACAGAAUCGGGAUCGGAGCAAAGGUCCGGCAACAAACGUCGAGCUGUAUCUUCCGCGUGUAUCCCUUGCCGGAAACGCAAAUCGAAGUGUGAUGGCGCUGUGCCGUCGUGCUCAACGUGUACAGCGGUAUAUCGAACGGAAUGCACGUACGACGCAGAUAGCGAUCACAGACGGAAGGGUGCCCUCAAACGCGACAUACAGAGCCUGCAGCAGCAGAACGACGCGCUCGAUGUCAUCAUAGCAUCGCUGCGCAGCCUGCCAGAGACCGAGGCGAUAUCAUUGCUGCAUAGUCUGCGAGGGGAGUCGUCAAUGGACGAAGUCGCAGCGUCAUUACGAACGAACGUACGACUACCGCACAGUUACGCUCCCCAGACUCUGGAAGCAGACUUUGCGCAGCAAUUAUCGCAGACGCCGACUAAUAGCAGCUUCGACUCGGUUGCCUUUACGCACCUGCAGUCGCGCGAAGCCUCGUUCGAUGAUCUGCAGCAAGGUUCGUCGAGCGUUACUCCAAGUGAAGGCUUCAGUACUUGGUUUAGGCACUCGCAAGAUGCAGAAUUCAUUGAGCACCUACUGAAUCUAUAUUUUUCAUGGGUCCACCCUUUCUAUCAGUUCUUCUCGCGAGAUCUAUUUCUGCACGAUAUGGGCCAUGGACGGACGGACUUCUGCAGUCCACUGCUCGUGAACUCGAUUUUGGCAAUGGCGUGUCACUAUUCAGAUCGGCCUGCGGCACGGACGGACCCAAGCAACCCUGCAUCAGCCGGUGACGGUUUCUUCGUUGAGGCGCGACGAUUGCUGGAACGGGACGAGAGGGUAUGCUUGACAACUGUGCAAGCUCUUGGCAUUAUGGCCAUUAGAGAAUGCUCGCACGGGAGAGAAAGCAACGGCUACGCGUAUGCGGGAAGGUGUUUGCGCAUGGCGCUCGAGCUGGGACUACAUUUGUCGGUUAUUGGUAGCGGAUUGAAGCCACCCGAAGUCGAGGCGCGCAAGAUCACUUUCUGGGGCCUCUUUAAUCUGGAGACUGCCUGCUCAGUGAGCUUCGGAAGACUCUCAUUACUGCCACGGACGGCAGCGGAUAUCCAGAAACCCACAGUCAAUGACCGAACAGAGACGUACAGCUGGCGGCCUUAUAUUGAUGCUAACCUGGCUUUGAGUCCAAGUGUCGAGCAACCAGCACGACCAAUGCUGUUCAUUGAUCAUCUAAGCCAACUCAACGAGCUUGCCAGCGAUAUGGUGAAUACGUUCUAUGCGCCUCAAGAGCGAUUUACUAGCAGAAGACUCGCUGCAGCGUAUGCGCAAUAUCAAGAAUGGUAUCAGCAGUUGCCCAGUGUGUUUCGCUUAGAGAAUACGACCCUGCCACAUGUGCUGGUACUGCACAUGUACUAUUAUGCCUGCAUUCUACAACUUUUUCGCCCAUAUAUUAAGCUCGAUCUGAGAGGCGCUGGGCUUUUUCCGCGCGACACUUGCACCUUCUGCGCCAACAAGAUAUCGUCCCUCAUGAACGCGUUGCGAGCGAUGUAUGGCCUCCGGCGGGUCACACAUCUUGUCUGCAGCCUCCUCAUGUCCGCCAGCACAAUCCACCUUCUAAAUCUUCCGUCGAGCGAUGCGGCAGCGAACCUUGGGCAAGGCCUACAAGAUCUGGAGCAAAUGUCGGUCAACCACCAGUUUGCGGCUCGUUGCAUUGAUAUUAUUCGUUCGUUGGCGACAAAAUGGGAUAUUGCGCUCCCAGAAAGCGCAGCUACGGUAUCCGUGUUUCGUACUCCUGCUCUACAAUGGCCAUCACCGCGUUCCUCGGCUUUCUUUGCAGCGUCUAUACCACGCAAAGGCUCCUCGGAAAGUGGGAGACAGUCUGGCAGCUCCGUGUCGAGCGGACCUCAACCAGACACGCCUUUUGGCCCACCCCACCGACAAGCGCCGUCGCAGGAUAUUCCCACAUUUUACAGCGACCCGACAACGCCUAUGGAGCAAAGUCAAGCGCAGCAUGCGUUCUGGACGCCGUUUCCAGUUCAGAGCGUCCCUGUGCAAGCCACAGGGCUGUCCAAUAUAAUGCUCGACUUCACGGCGACACCGAUGGAAGGCGUAACGGGACCGCCGGUCUGUGGCCCUACAAGUCACCCAACCUCCGGCGCGUUGAUGGAUGCAACGACAGGCACAAUGACACCGAUCAGUAGAAUGAGCACUGCCCUGGCGGACUGGAACUGGCAGACAUGA